AUGGAAACCACCAAAGUUGUGAUAUUGUUGACCCUUGUUCUUCUCUGCUACUGUGCGUCCAUCCUCCGGAGACCCAAGCGGCCGCUUCCCCCGGGGCCUCCACGUCUUCCAUUGAUUGGCAACCUUCACCAAUACCCAAAAUCCGAGCCAUGGAAAACAUACCAAAAGUGGCAUAAAAAGUACGGGCCGAUUAUGACAGUCAAGUAUGGCCCGCAGACGAUUAUCAUGCUAGGAACCUCUCAAGCAACAAGAGACAUUCUGGAGAAGAGAAGUGAAAGGUACAGCUCAAGACCCAGGAUGGUUGUUGCUGAGCGGGUGACCAAGAACCUGCAAACAAGCGUGAUGCCGUACGGCAAGCUAUGGAGGAUACACCGCCGCCUCCAAACUUCACUUCUCAGCAACAGUGCUUGUCAGUUCUAUCACGAAAUCCAAGAAGUCGAAAGCCACCAGCUCCUAUUUGAUCUGUUGUCCACAAAUGAUUUUUCAGAUCGCUUCCGUCGCUUUUCGGCAAGUCUCCUCUUUACACUUGCAUAUGGAAAGCGGAUGCCAAGAGGUGAUGAGCAUGAGGUGCAAGAGAUCGACCUGCUUAUCAAGAAUUUAAUGGAGGUGGUUAUGAUGGGGAAUUGGUUGGUAGACCUUUUCCCACAGCUAGAAUAUCUUCCUCGACGGUUGUCGAAGUGGAAGCAAGUCGCAGAUGGGUUUCACGAUCGGGAAGUCAAACUGUUUACCCAGAAUCUCAGGGCUGCUUUAGAAAGAGGGAAUUGGAAUUGGACGAAAGCCCUCAUGGGGGUACCAGAGGCGCAGAAUUUAACCGAGAAGGAAUUAUCAUAUGUCAUUGGUUUCCUCUAUGAAGCAGGGAGUGACACCACAACCUCUGUCCUCGAGGUUUUUAUGCUAGCGACAGUUCUGCACCCCGAUGCGGUUCGGACAGCCCAACUCGAGCUUGAUACCGUUGUUGGACAGCAUAGACUCCCUUCGUUCGAGGACAUGUCCAAGUUGCCUUUCACAAUGGCAUUUGUGAAAGAAGUGCUGCGGUGGCGACCGAUAGUGACUGCCGGAGUUCCUCGUCUGGUGGAGCAAGAUGAUGAGUACAUGGGAUACCACAUUCCAAAAGGCUCUGUUGUUAUUGCAAACAGCUGGUCGCUGUAUCUUGAUGAUGAUAUGUUUGAAGAUGCCGACUCAUUUAGUCCAGAGCGAUGGAUCCAGAACCCCAAUCUACAACUCAGCGGCUUUGGGUUUGGGCGGAGAGGUUGUGUAGGCAAGCACCUUACUGUGAACUCUCUGAACAUCAUUAUUGCUAGGCUGUUGUGGGCAUAUGACAUCAAGCCCGAGAAAAAUGAGUUGGUGGAUGCCUUUAGGAUGAAGCAAGUUGGCCUGGUGUCCAGGCCAAUGCCAUUUCGCGCGUUAUUUCAAGUCCGGUCACCUAGCCGAGAGUCGGUGAUACGAAGUAUAGGAGCGAGUUCCCAGGAAGCAACUGAUGAGAUUCUGGAUCGUAUCCAAGCCAACGUCGCUGGUGCUAAAGUUGCUUAG